AUGAGUAACCAGUCUCAGGUGACAGAGUUCAUACUCCAGGGCCUCUUGGAGGCACCACACCUCCAGGUCCUCUUCUUUGUCCUCUGCCUCUCCCUCUACACCAUGGCACUCUGUGGCAAUUCCCUCAUCGUGGUGGCCAUCAGCUGCAGCUCUGGGCUCCACACCCCUCUGUACCUCUUCCUGGUCAGCUUGUUGGUGUUGGAUGUUAUCUGUGCAUGCCCUGUGGUACCCAAGCUGCUUGAGAUUCUGAUGGCAGAGAAGAGAGGCAUCUCCUACAGGGGCUGCAUGGCCCAGAUGUACUUCCUGUCAUGGUCGGUGGCAGGGGAGACGCUGCUCCUCACAGCCAUGGCCUACAAGCACUACGUGGCCAUGUGCCGGCCACUGCACUAUGGCUCCACGACGGGCCCUUGGGUGUGUGCGGUGCUAACAGGAGCCGUGUGGGGCACCAGCAUGUUGGGGGCUGGAGUCAAUACUUGCCUGAUGCUGCGGCUGACCUUCUGUGGGCCCGACGUGGACGAGCCCUCCUUCUUUGUGGCUGAUGUCCUCUUUGCCAUGCUGAAGCUCCUGCUCACCGUGGCUUCCCAUGGCUGCAUAGUCGCCAGCAUCCUGGGGAUCCACAUGGCCGAGGGGAAGCAGCGGGUCUUCUCCACCUGCUGGUCCCACCUGCUGGUGGUCACCGUGAACUACUCCACUGUCAUCCACACCUACGUGAGCCCUGGCUCCAGCUACUCCCCUGGGGUGGGCAAGGCGAUGGCUGUGCUUUACUCCUCUGUGAGCCCCACCUCGAACCCUCUCAUCUAUACCUUGAGGAAAAAGGAUGUCAAGGCAGCCCUCAGGAAUGUCUUCACACUUUGGGCAGGAAAACUGUAG